AUGGACGUCGCACUGCGGCGACCAUCCCUCCCGUGGGACGUCCUCUACCACAUCGCCUCCCAAUGCGACUCGGACUCUAUCAUCCACGCUUUGAUGAACACCUGCCGCUAUCUGAACGAGCAUGCCGUCAGGUUCCUCCAGAGAGCUCGCGAGGCCCGGGUCCGUGUAAUGCGCGAUCUCCAUCGCCUCGCCGCCUUCCUCCGCGCACAGGGCCAAACCCGCUGGCGAUACCUCAAUCGGUUGCAUAUCCGGCUCUGGAGGGGAGAGGGUUUUGAGCCCAAGGAGCAAGUGCAAGCUCUGCUCGAUCUGUUGGACGCUCUCGGUCCCGCGCCCGCGCUACGGGAGCUCACCUUUUACAGACUGGAGCUCUACCUUCCGCUCAACCCCGCGAUCGCGGUCGCCCUCUCCUCCUUACCGUCAGUCAGAACGAUCAAGCUCAUCAGCAUCGGCCCCAACACUCUACGAUUCCUCGCCCAGGUCCCGUGGGCGGUCAACCACGCCUUCUUGGACCUCAGCCCCUACUUCCUCCACUCCGGAAACCCUCUGUCGGCACUGCACCGGCUGCUGUUCCGAUAUCUGCACCGGAUACGCGGCACGCUCUGGACGUUGCACCUCAACGGGGCGCGGAACGGGAUGUUCGCCGGGGCGCGCGACGUGGAGAACCUGCAGUUCCCCAUGCUCCAGUGGCUCCGGCUCGUGUUCGCGACGAACCGGGAGCACUACAGCUUCGCGCGCGAGCUCCCGAACGCGAUCGCGCUCUUUCCGAACCUGCUCUCGCUCGCGAUGCACGACUCGGACGACUACCAGUGGGUAGACAUCCACUACGAAUCCGACGAGGACGAGGACGACGAGGCGCGCGACGACACGGUCCCGGAUGACUUCGUCGACGCCAACGGCGCGUGGCAGGACGAGCACGGGUCGUGGGGCGACCUGAAGCUGCUCGACGCGCCGCUGUGGUCCGUGUACGGGCUCGCGCUCCGCUCCCGCGUGGACACGCUGCGGACGGGCGCGGUGCUGUUCGACGGGCCGCAGGUGCGGACGAAGCUCGCGCCGGUGCUCGAGGCGCUCAGCCCGCGCGUGCUCGCGCUCCGCGUGCAGGGCUUCGACGUCGUCGAUGACCCGGGGUUCGUGCGCGCGUUCGAGCCCGAGCGCGUGCCGCGGCUGGAGAAGCUCGAUCUGCGCUUUGUCGAGGAGGACAUCGAGGACGCUGUGCCGCAGCGCGCGGUGAUCUCGUUGCUGAACUCGCUCGAGAAGAUCACGGAACGGCUCUCGGAGCUGAAGGAGCUCAGCGUGUGGCUCAACGUGACGUGCAAAUCACUGCCCGAGCAGAAUGAGACGCGCGAGGACCUCCUCCCAGGCAAGGUGAAGGUGGAAAACUCAUACGUGGACGUGGUGGCGACGUGGCUGUCCGGAUUCUUGGGUCGCGUGGCGGGCGCGAAGCUGUCUGUGCAAGUCUCCGUCAGGUGGACUGAAGACCACGAUGGCUACGCGGUGUGGAUGGACCACAUGUUCGACGGAAAGAAGGAUCGAGACGUGGUCACUGUUUGGGUGCGGAAGUGGACCGCAGGCUCCGGGUAUGAAGAUUUGUGA